GUCAGUGUCCAUGGUCGAGCCUGUCGCGCUCGCCUUCAACUCCCUCAAUGCGCGCCUCACACACGCCCUCCCCGGCAUUGCUGCUGCCAAACUCGUCGCGCGCCCGCUGAGGCCGGCGCUCCCCGCCGAUUUCUUCAAUCCGCGGCCGCGCAGUGUGAAGGGCAAGGAGCGCGCCUUAGACCCGGGCCUCACGCUCAAUGACUGGCCUGCAUGGCAGUGCCAGGAGUGGUUGUGCUCGCCCCACGUGUGGUGCAACAUCCACCACCGCGCCGAGCUCAUGGAGGAGCUCCGCCCCACCCGCGGCCGCUCACGCAGGGUACCCCGCACUAUCCCCUCCCCUCGGACGAACUCGGCUGGGCGUGUGUUCGUCGCCAGCCAGAAGCGGCACGUCUCACAUAGCUCGGAGGCGCUUCAGGAGGAGGAGGGCCGCCCGCCAGAUUACCACCCGCCCUACGAGACAUCGACACAUAGUCGAAGACGAGAGUCGUGGGCGUCCCAUCUUUUUCCUGCUGCUGCCGCACCCGAGCGGAGACAAGAGCUGUCAUCCGCCGUUCCGCAGGCGCUGCUACACACCUCCCACGAAGAGGCGCCUUCGUCUGCAGCGGAAGAGGAGCAAUCGCCUUCAUCAGUUGCUCCUGAAUAUGAACAUUCGCACACACCCAUAACCCUUGACACUCUCUUUCCCCCUUACGAACCCGAGCAUCUUCGCCCCGUCAAACGGCCACGGCUAGAUCCCAAGUCGUCGCCAUCCCCUGUCAUCGCCCUUCACCGGCUCAGGAACUUGAUCAAUGGUCCUACCGCCGACAUCCUCGGCGAGGAAGUACAAACUCUGCUUACGUGCCUGCGCGAUGGCAGUCAUCUGGAACCACACGAAGUCUUAAUGCUUUCUUCCAAGAUGUUGCGCAAAACCCAGGCCUGGCACGACAGCAAGCAGGGCUGGAAUCGGCAGCGUCAAUUCGGCGAAGUCCUCGUCUCGAUCCUGGAACCCCUUCGCGGGCGGUUUGCACCCUCGUCGAUCUUCGAUUAUCAGCAUCACUGCAUGCUCAGCGAGGCCUUGUCAUUGUGUGGGCGCUUAGCGGAGGCUGCAACCAUUCUUCGGUCAAUUGCCACGAUGCACGGACACUCACGGCAGAAUGCUCGAGUGCUUCAAGCUUACGAAAGCCUCGUCCUGGCUGCCAACCGGUACUACGACGCCGCUCGCGUCCUCGACUACGUGGUCCUUGAAUGGAACCUGCUGGGUGCGCAUGUGCUACGGCGGACGUUCGGGGGACAUUCCAGCAAGGCGCUUCGGAAUACGGUCUUCGGCAUCCUUUACAAGGUGGAGAAUCCGGCCCAGAUCCUCGAUAAUCGGCCAGGAUGGACCCAGGAGCAGCGCGCGCACGCCGCCGCGACACUACUGGAGGUCUGCCUUCGACACGAACUGCCACAGGACGCUUUGGACAUCUUCGAGUACAUGGAACGCGAGCACAUCGACAUUUCACUACAUGCGCGGUCCCGACUCAUCCGGUUGCUGGCUAGGGAAAGCAUGGAUGCGGCAGCGAACAGGGUCAACGAUUCUACGCCGAACCUCGAACGCCGGUCGCGUGCCAAGGUCAACCUUUUCAUCGCUAGCCACCGAGGGGAUACCCUAGUCGCUGAAGGUUACUACCGUCGCCUCAUUCGCGCACGCGCCGUUCAGCCAUUCGACACUGCCAUGUACAUGCUCUCGUACGCCGUUCACGGAGCUGGCACGCAGACGGCCAGGCUCUUCUCUCAGCACUUCGCAUGGGAAGGCAGGAGCUGGCGCCACCAUCGUGUUCGCCCCAGCUAUCUGCACUACUCCCUCGUCAUCCAGGCCUACACACGCGCUGGUGACCGCGCUGCCGCCAAGCGUUGGGUUGAGAUGAUGCGCAACGAUGGGUACAUGCCCUCCGUCGAUAUCUAUGCGAUGGUGCUACAGAUGCACGCGCGGCGUGGGGAUCAUAAGGCGCUGCAGCGCGUCAUGCGGCAGAUGGAGAGGUCUGACAUCGUGCUGACCGCGGCGCCGUACACCUCCGUCAUCAAUCUCCUGGCCAAGCAACGUGACAUCGACGGCGCGGAGCACAUCUUCGACCGCGCGCUCCGACAUGGCGUCAAGCCUGACCGCCGCAUGCUGCGCGCGCUCAUGGACACGUACGCCGAGGGCGGGAACUGGCAAGGCCUCGUCCGCGCCUUCGACUUCGCGUCCAAGAACCCCGAGCGGCAGCUCCGCCUCUCCAUCGAGCUCUACAACCAGCUGUUCAAGGGCUACCUCCGCAUGGGCGCGCCCUUCCGCCUCGUCUCGCGCCUCUUCCUGCGCCUGCGCGAGCUCGGUGUGCGCCCGAACCAGUACACGUACGCGCUGGUGAUGCAAUCGGCGGUCGACGCGGGGAAGAUGCGCGUGGCGGACGAGCUGUACGUGGAGAUGAAGCGCUUGGGGGAGACGGAUCAGGAUCUGCGGCCGAAUGAGUAUGUGGUGAGCAUACUGCUCAUCGGCUUCUUGCGCCGGCGGAUGUAUGCGCGGGCGAUGCAGGUGUUGCGCGAGGCGAAGGAACAGCGGAUCCCGUUGCGUCCGGCGGCGUAUGUCGCGCUGGUGCGCAUGCAUGCAUACAAGCGCACGCCUGGGGGCAGGACGCACGCUCUGGAGUUCGCGCAUGAUCUGGUUCGCUCGAUCCUGGAUUCGCCCAAUCCCGCCAUGCGACGCGCACUCGAUGAGCGUCCGGUCAAUGGCAUGACCGUCGUCGAACGGCUCUACUUCCCGCUUCUGCGCGCCCUUGCCAAGCAGCGGCGGCCGGAGGCGGUCGAGGAGCUCGUCGAGGAAAUUCAGGCGCGCGGCGUCAGGCCGUCCAUUCCGACUCUCACUGUGCAGCUCGACGCCUAUCGCCGGACCUACAGGCUGGACGACGCCACCGCUCUCUGGCAGCGUAUCUUCAGGAAGGGCGUGAGGAUCAUGCGCCCAAGCGUGCUCUUUGCUGGAGAGGAGGGUGCCGAUGCCAAGCGGGACACUCAGGUGCUCUGCCCUGCGCUUUCAAUCUACGUCGACGCCCUUUCUGCCGCUGGACAACACGAAGCGAUCCCGAGCGUGUGGCAGGCAUGCGCGGAUGCAGGUGUUGAGCUCGAUGGGCAUAACUGGAAUCAGCUUGCCAUUGCCCUGCUGCGUGCCGGUCAGGUUACGCGCGCGUUCGAGCUCGUGGAGAAGGUGCUCAUCCCGAUGGGCCAGCGCAGUGUGACAUAUCGUGCAUCCCGCGACGCCGAGCCAGAGACCCCGCUAGCGGCUUCGACUGCUCCACCAAUGGACCCGCCUCUGGAUCGCGCGACGAGGCGUGCGUACAUGCAGCGCAGGCUCAAGCGCCCUGCAAGGCGGUUGUUCCAGGAUGUCCCCAGCGGCGCGCUCGCCAAGGACGCCGCGGGCGCGAUGCAUGUCUUGCAGCAGGUCGCGCCGGCCUUCAGCUCAUACCGACCGCACCGUGCGCUCGUCCGCCUGCUAAAGCUCGCCUAUCACCGUUUGCGCGCCCGUGCGCCCGCAGAGGUCAUCGGCCCACGUCCCGCCCCCGAGCCCGAACGGCGCAUCGCCUACGAGCGCUCGACAUACAUCCAGUCGGCUUUCCUGCCCCGUCUAGCCCCAGAGGAGCAGGUCAUGGCCAAGGAGGAAGCGGAGGAGGUCAGGCGGCAGAUCGAGUCGCGGUACCCGGGUGCGGUGGCGCUAGUGAAACAGGAGGAGGUUAAUGAGAAGGCGAGGAGAAGAGUGGUGGGGCGGAAGGUGAAGGCGAAGAGGAGGUUACUGCAGAGGGAGAUCCAGAGGAUGAGGAAGAUGAGAACGGCGGUGUAGUCGGAUAUGAGUAUCUUGCAUUUAUUACCAAGCAAGGCAUCGUGCAUUUUAUAUGGUCAAUCUUAGUGAACCCAUUGCAUGGGAAAGCGUCGUCAAUGCUCCUGCGACUACAUUCGAAUCUUUGACGUCGACUGUGGACCGUCUAGUGGACAUCCAGCGCCUACCAGACUACUACAUUGUACGCCAGCGUGCUGAAUACAAGUCGGGGC